UAGCUAACCUAUAAUAUGUUUCUCCCUCUCUUUGCAGAUUUCCUGCGCAAGAUAUUUGACAAAUUUCCAAAAGCAAUUCUGGAAUCUGAUAAAAAUGGCUGGACUCCUCUUCAUUAUGCUGCAUAUUUUGGCAAUACAGAAGUUGUCAAAAUGUUUUUGGAAAAUAAUAUUUCCCUUGCUUACAAAAUAGACAAAGAAGGCAUGUCUGCCCUUCACAUUUCAGCUAUGAGAGGAAGUGGUGGUGUAAUGAGAGCACUCAUUAUAAAAUGUCCAAAUACUUGUGAAUUGUUGGACAACAAAGGUAGGACAGCUCUUCAUCUUGCCGUGGAACAUGGAAAGAAAAAUGCAGUCAAAAUAUUGCUCCAGACAUUAACAUUUCAGGAUCACAUAAAUGAGCAAGACAAAGAAGGCAACACGCCUUUACAUGUAGCUGCCAUCAAUGACCGUUUUAAAAUAUCAAUGAUGCUUACAGAUGACAGGAGAGUUGAAAAACUGGCUGUGAACAAGGAGGGGAUGAGCGCUGCUGAUAUUAUUGAAUCACGGAAGAAGCUUUCAUGGUCUGAAAAUAAAGCACUCAUGUCAGGCUGGCUUAGACGCGAACGUCUACUGACUAAUAGUUUGGAACGAGUGGUUGGCAGUCACAUACAGGCUGCGAAAAAGGAGCCUGUAGUGUCAAAAAUGGGUGGAGACAAUAACACAGAAGACCCAGAAACUGAUCUAAAUAUUAGAAGUAUGUACAAUUUCCAAAUAACGGCAAUCACAAUCUUGAUAGCUCUCUCCUUCGCAGCAGUCUUGCAAUUGCCUGGUGGACUCGACACAAAUGGCAAGGCAGUUCUAAGAGACAACGUCCACUUUAAGGAAUUUCUGGAGUAUGUUUCGGCGGCCUUUGUUACCUCAGCUAUCGCAAUGUUUAUCCACUUCCUUACGGCCAUUUAUACGAAAUAUCACAGCAUCGAGUACGCAACAGUGCUGCCAUUAACGGUUUUAAUUGAAAUAUCCAUUUUCUUCAUGGUCUUUGCCUUUGUUUCCGCCAGAUCAGCAGUCUUGGAUGAAAACUCCACUAUUUCUGAAUGGGCUACGAAUUCCUUUUUUAUACCCGUCUUUCUGUUUCUUUAUUUUCUUGGAUCCCGCAUGGGUUUCCCGCACAUCCCUCGAGCCAGAAAACUACUGGGGUACAUGUGA